AUGACGGCCGCAGAUCCUCCGGUGACGUGUGCGUUCAGCGUGCUAAACCUGGGCAAGGUGGCCGAGCUGUUCGUGGCGUGGCAGCGUGGGCUCAAGGGUGUGCCGUCAUACUACGCCAUCAAGUGCAACCCCAACUCGGCGCUGCUCGGAGCCCUGGCCGCUCUCGGCGCGGGCUUCGACUGCGCCAGCCCAGCCGAGAUGGACGCCGUGUUCGCGCUUGGUGUCGCCGCCGACCGCAUCAUCUACGUGAACCCAUGCAAUCCCGAGGCACACAUCCAGCACGCCGCGAGCGUCGGCGUUGACAUCACCACCUUCGACUCGGUGGAGGUCGACAAGUUGACGCGCUUCCACCCGAGGUGCAGGCUUCUGCUCCGGCUCAAGGUCCCCGACGUCGGAGACGCCUCGCUGACCUAG